GCGGCUGCAGACCUGCAGUCUUCCUCUUCCAAUCGGCGUCGGCCUCAACGACAGCAACGAGCAGCAGGGCACGGGCGCGACCGCCGGAACCGAUAGUUUGGGGGGCCUCGUCUCGCGUCAAUCGCCGGCGCGACCGCGGGGGCGAGCAGCCAUGGAUUCGGCUCGGCCCAGCAGGAUGCCCAUCAAAUCCCACCGCUCCGACUGGAAAUCGGAGCUUAGGACAAAUUGCCUGCAAAGAGUUAAAAAGGACAGGAUCAACUUGCUCUGGAAGAUCAGGGGCCAGGGGCCGUUGCUUGCCAAUGACAUGAAAAAGGUCGAAUCUGCAGUUAGGAACAUUAUCUCUGAUGAGAUAGAGAAACUCAAACAGUCAAAUGAAGGACAAGAGGACCAAGAAAUGGAUGUGAUCUGGGAAUAUCAAGGACCACAGGCUGCUAAACCUGCUGUAACUGAAAGUCAAGAUAUAUUGCUUGAAAUGGAACGACUUCUUUAUGAAGAUCUUAGAGAAGAACUAAUCAGAAAAGAACUAGAGGCACUUGAUGAGGAAGAUGCAUACUUAGCUCAAGCUGUUUAUGAUCAUAUGCAACUAAAUGACAAUGGGGUUGCUGAAAAUGCUAAGUUCUGGUGCCCAGUAUGCAAACAAGGAGAGCUACGGGAUACACAUAACCUCAUAUAUUGUACUCUCUGUAAGCUACGGCUUGACCUUGGGGAAGAUAAGAUAACGCUGGAGUUCUUACGAGAACGAUUGGCUAGCGCACAUACGGAGCACUUUGACAGAGGAUGUAAAUCAGCACCCAAGUUCUGCUUACAGACUAUGUUUGGCCUGACUGCACUCUACAUGCAGUGUGAAGAAUGCAGCACUUUUGAUAUUGUGGUCUAAGUGAUAGAAACCUGACGUACAUCCCAGAGGACAGGAAGGUUGGAAACACUUGCCUGAAGUUAUUUCGUUGUUUCCUGUUAGAUUAGCUGUUUAACUUAUCCUACAAGAUGGCUGUACAUCAGAAUCUCAGUGCCAGAACACAUCCAUCCGUGUCAGUUACUCAGUUUUAACUUAAAGUAAAACAAUAGAAGAGACAUAUAUAUGUGGUAUCAUGUAUGUCGAGCUUGUUUUAAUAUUGCCACUUGUUUGCAGUGCACUGUAAAUAUACUGUAUAGUUGACUGUGUCAACAUUUUGUUGCUAGCGUAUUUACUCGAAACUGUGGGUACAUUGAACCAGUACUAACAGAAAUGCACUUUUAUUUUUUGUUUGGA